AUGCAUUGGAUGUGGAACAUCGUCGGUGGGGGUUUAAAGAAUGAUUGGAGCAUGUGUUUUCUUGAUGGAACGGCGUUAGACAACGAAACAAUUACAACGAUUCGCCAGAAAUGGGCAGCAUAUUUUCUUAAAAAGGUAUAUAUGAUGCGCCAUUUUGGAAAAUUUGCUUUCACUUUAUCAGAUGGACAAACUAAGUUCAGUGGGAAAUUUGUUCAUCAUGCUCGGCGAUUCUAUGAAAAUUUGGAGACAUUUUUGGGGCACACCGGUCCAAUCAGUCGGUGUUGCUUCUCUGCAUCUGGAAACAAUAUUGCCAGUGCUUCUCUGGAUGGAACUGUCAUGAUAUGGACAUAUGAUACAUCAACUCCAGUGUCUAGAAAUGCAACCAUAUAUUGCGGCACUGAAAUUUUGUCACUUGACUGGGAAUGUAAAUCAGACCGCUUGCUUCUUAUAGGUACAUCCGAUGGGUGCAUUAAGGCAUGGAAUGUGGAUGCAAAGAGAGUUGUCUGUGACCUCAACACAACCGAAGCAUUUCCAAGUGUAUUGGACAUAAAGUGCAGUCCUGUGGAACCUAUUUUUGUGUCUGCAGCAGCAUCUGGAGGGGCUGGUUCUAACUAUAUUGACAACCUGGGUUUUGCUUCACUUACUGUGUGGAACAUGAAGACAUGGAAAGCCAUGACAGUCCUUCCUCUUGGAGAAGAUCCACCAGCAAUUACUUCUCUAUGCUUUAAUCACAAUGGAAAGAUUUUGGCAGCUUCUGCCGUUGAUGGAAUGAUUCACAUGUUUGACAUGUCUGCUGGUCUACAAAUCACUGGCUGGCCUGCACAUGAUUCUUCCAUCAGUUCAAUUCUGUUUGGACCAGAUGAGACUAGCAUUUUUAGCCUGGGCUCUGAUGGGAAGAUUUUUGAGUGGAGUUUGCAAAAUCAAGGUCAAAUCCUGUGGUCGAGAGACUCUAGUAGGUUCUGUUACCCCCUCAAUGAUUCAAAAUAUUGCAGACAUGAGAUGGCAUUAGAUGCAAAUGGGAGGAGACUCUUGGUAACAUCCAGUUCAUUUAGAGCACCCAUAUACCAGGUUGAUGAUUCGUGGUGAAUUGUGAUUAGACCAUUGCCUUUAGGGAUUAUAAUUAUAUAAU